AGAGCAGACUAUCGGGGCGGCCUCUGACUCAGGUCAUUUUCUACAGGUUAACCACAGUUGUUGGCGUCUAGUGGAAACCAGUGGUCAGGGCUGGCUAGAUAACUUUCAUGCAAGCAAGGGAUUGCAUGAGAAGUUUAAAAAUCGCGGUUUGCAGUAUAAAAGGUUAACAGGGGCAGGAAAAACCGUUUUAUGUUGACUUGGCAAGCAAUCAGAAUAUAUAUCACAAGCAAUCAGAAAGACUGGUCAAAGAUAGGCGCUGUGUUCCUAAAUAGUUCUCAGUGCCACGGCAAUGAGCCUGUUUUGGAAAUGCAUGCUUAUUUUAAGGAAAUAUGCAAAAGUCCUAGUGGAAACUAAUGACAGAAUUUCUUGUUUCUGUCUGUCUCUUUCGCCAGUGCCCCAGUUAACGAAAUAAAAAACCAUUGCAGUUUCACAAAGACAUUAGUUCCACUUGUCUUAGAAAAAGAUAACUUGUAUUCUGGUGAUCACAGCACAAGAGUACUCAUAACCAUUGCCCUCUCUUAGAUUUAUAGUGUAUUUUAUUUGUAUGUUUGAUACUGGAGAUCAACCCAGGCCCUCAUACAUGUUAGGCAGAUGAUUAUUGCUUAGCUACAUCCCGAAUUACCCCCUCACCUUUUAAAUUUUUGAGAUGGUCCUGUUGCCCCAUCUGAUCCUCAACUAGCGAGGCUCCUACUAAUUGUAACUAGAAAGCCUCAUAAUUGGGAUUACUAAUGCAUCACCUUAUCCAGCUUGGAUUAGUUUGUUAAUUGUUUGACCAUGAAGCUCAAAGUUAAUUUAGUAGUAAAAGAAAUUCUGGAUUCAAAGCAUUGCCAAUUGUGGAUAGAAGUCCUGGUCAUGAACUGAUGGUAGAUUUACCACCCUGGGCUGUUUGUCAUCACUGAAAGCUCUAAAAGUUUCACAGUCACUGUUAAGCCCAGUGUUCUUUGCUCAUUCUCAUGUUGCUAUUGUGUUUCUUCUUUAUGAAGACACUGGCUUUCUCUUGAAUCACUGGAUAUAAUUAAAGGGCUCACAAGGUAUUAUAUCAAGCAUGUAUUUGACCACUUUGAUAACACCCUAUUUAAAACACAGCUGAUGAUACUGUAAUGUUGCUGAUGCUUGAGUAGUAAUAAAAGAGAUGGGUAAUAUAAAACCAGCCAUUAUUGAUAAAGGUUGGUGGAAACGAGAAUACUGGGAGUGAGUCUGCAUGUUUUCUUAGAGUUGAAGUUGGAAAAAAAAAUCCUAGUCUGCAAAAUGGAAGUGUUAUAAAUUCAUUGACAUCAAGGAAAAUAAAAUUAAUGAGCUACUGAAGUUUGAAUCAUUGGCAAUAACUGAGAGUAUAUUCAUAGACAAUAAAGAGGACCAAUCCUCACCACCAAAGAUGAAAGAAAAGUCUAAGGUAACUGAAUGCAGUUUUGUGUUUCAGACCUCAUUGGUGCUGUAGUUGUUAUGGAUCCUUUCCUGAAAUAAAGUUUGUCUUUUCAGAAAGAUUUUAGUAAAUUUCUGCAUACCUGUAAAAGAGCCUUCAAAAUAAAGGAGUUAAUAAAAGAAGGAAGAUGAUUAAGUGGGUGAGGAAGAUGGCUACAGUGUGAGUCUGAAGGGAAGUUGGGAUAUUGCUCAGUCUAAGGCUGAAUCAGAAUCCCAUAAGGCAGAGAAGGAGGAAAGGUGGAAAAAUAAAAAUCUCCAGGAGAUCCUGGAUACUCAGGCAGCUGUACUAAAACUCGGAUAUCUGAAGAAACUGCUAGACCAUAAGAACUGGACUUCUGGAGUGUAGCUUUAGAAUGGAAUCCAAAGAGAAUGAGGGGUCUGAGAUGAAGGAUGAAAAGGAUCCAGAGGUUGCAUCUUCCAAACAACAGUUCCUCUUUAGCAUCCUUCUCUGGUUACCUCGGUAUCACCCUCAUCACUUCCAUUCUUAUCAUCAGCUGCCAACCAUUUUGUAGUAUUUCUUCAUUCAACAUACACUGAGAGUGAACUUCACAGAUUCCUGCACUAAACAUCAUCAGGAAACCAUCUGAGUAUUUGAGAUAAAUAGUCAUUACAUAGUACUUAUUAAUGUAGUGGAUAUAAAGAUCAUGGUUCUGGUUUAUUUUAGUGGACUUGAAAUAUAAAGGUUUUAUUAGGUCCACUAAGCUUCCUUUUUUCUAAUACAUUUUAUACAUAAAAUUUUCAGUCAUACAAAGAUUGAUAGUUGAUUCUACUUGCUUUUGAAAUGGUAUUGCUUUACAUGUUAUAAAACUCUCAACAUUAAUCUCUUAAUCUUGAUUUCAUACCUAGUAAGGAAAUAUUAAUCCUUUUUUGUUUUUACCAAAAAAAUUCCAACACUCACAGUUUAAUGAGUAUGCUUGAGGCUGCACACCAAUAAUGUAAACAAUAGGAUUAGGACUUCCACUGAUUAACUUCUUUGUCAUAUACUUUGCCACAAAGUGCAUAAAGCCUUCAAGAAUUCAGCAUAAAAGAGCGAAAUAGUUAAACAGGUAGUUACAGUAAAGGAGGUUGUGAACUGACAAUUUGCAAGACAGAUUUGAUUAAAAUCCACCAGUUGUUUUACUUCUCCAGUUUGAAAAAAUUUUUAAUUGGUUUCCAGCAUUUUCUAUUUUUUCAAGGUAUUUACAUAAGUAAAAGUUACCUGUUUAAAUGUACAGUUCAUUGAACUUUUUAACACGUGUGUGACUACAACCAGAUGAAGAUAAAACAGUUCUCUUGACCUAAUUGACCUGUAUCCCUGUCCACUAAAUCUCUUUCCCUCUGACCAGAGUUGUCAUCAUUUUUUGUAUUUUUAUUUUUUUGAGGUCUUGCUAAGUUGCCCAGGCUGACCAGAAACUAUUGAUCUUUCUGCCUCCACCUCCCAAGUGCUGGAAUUGCUGGUAUAUGUCACUGUGCCCAGCAGAGUUGUUGCCCUUUUGAAAUUAGGAUAGUCUACUUUAAAAAGCUAGAUUAAAAAUGUGGGAACCUUGGCAAAAGUGGACACUGUAUUCUCAGAGGACAACAGCUAGCUCUUGGCUUGUAGUUUUCUUAUUUGUUUGCAGCUUUGUGUAAUAUGUAUUAAAUGCCUUCAAACUCAGUGUGUGGAAUGUGCCUUAAGAAGAGGACUGAGUUACCUCUAAGCAAGGCUACCCAGAGUAGCUGGUCUGGAAAGAGGAGUAGGAAGCGACAGUAUUCUAAGCCAAGGGAGGAACAGAGAGGCAGCGGCUAUCAGUGUACUUCGCAUGGCUUGUUGGUAGGCCCCUUUAGAGAACAGUGGGAUGUGUUCCUCUUUGUGUGCUGUGGUUCCCGAAGGUUUGGUACUUUAAGAAAAGUUUGUCUUUAUCUGUACAUCUCUGGGGAUUUUUCUUCUUCUCCUUUUUUUUUUUUUCCCCCCUAAUGUUUAGGGAGAGAGAGACAGAGACAGAGAGGAGAGGAGAGAGAGAGAGUUUCUUCUGCGGUUCAAAGGAUGGGUGUUUGCGGCUGGCUGCCGUAUCUACCCGCCCUAAAGGAGAGGGGCAGGGCGCAGCAGUUUGCAGGCGGAAGGCGUGGGGUGCGGGGAGAGGGCAGUUAAGGACCUAUGUACCCGCCCUCCAUCCGGACUGUAGUUCACUGCCUGUGCCUUGAGCCAAACUACCUGCAGCACUAUGAACAUGCUGGGAUCACGGUGCCCUCUGCCAGGCCACGCUCGGCCCUCUGUCCUUAUAUGCCUCUUGAUCGUGCCAGCUGCUUUUCUGACAUACCCCAUGUUCAGGACCCUGAGCCUACAGCUCCACUCAGCCAUCAUGGGCAGCUAUGUCUCUGGUACUCACUCUGUUGUCUUCGUCAACUGUCCCAACGAGCAAAUUGCCAGAGACAUUGCCAGAGCAGUACUGGAGAAGAAGCUUGCUGCCUCUGUGAACAUCCUACCCAAGGCAUCUUCACUGUAUUUUUGGAAGGGGGAAAUAGAAGAAGCCACUGAGAUUUUGUUGUUAAUAAAGACAAGGACUUCUAAGGUGCCCAUUCUCUCCAGCUAUAUCAGCAGCCUUCAGAGAAAGUAAGUGACUUGUCCAUAGCCACAUAACUGGUAAGGGCCACCUUAGACUUUGAACCUGUAUCUGUGAGCCUCUUAGAACUAUAAUCCAACUCACAACUGCUGACGAUUGGAAAACUUGGCCUCAGGAGUAGUGGCUGUGGUGCUGGCCAGGUGGGUUGUGGCUGACUAGAGGGCCUCCUGUGGGGCUGGCCAGUUGGGUAGAGUCUAAUCCUGGUCACCUUCUUCCCAAAGGUCAGUGCAUCCCUUUGAAAUCCCAGAGGUCUUCAGUCUUGCCAUGGAUCAAGGAGAUGUGCACUAUUUGAAGUGGCUUGAAGAUAGCAUGGAGGUGGACCGAGUGGGGUAAUCUUGUGCAUCUUGCUGACUGCUUCUGCCCUUCAGUGGCUGCACUCUGGGAGGAGUGAGUCUUCUUGCACCUCCUAGAAUCUGUGGAUUCUGUGUCUCUCAGCACAGAGGAGCAGCUAACACAUGUUGGCUGAGAGUCCGUGGUUCCUGAGGCUGGAAGAGAUGAACUGCUCCCCUGCUGCUUAUGGGGAGGAGUGGAUCCAGUGACCUUGCUCACUUGAAAGUGUGUGAUGCCUCUUUGAGGGACUAGGCAAGUGCAGUGCUCAAAAGGAUGAGUUGUAAUAGUGGAAUUUCAGAGAUCAGUAGGAUUACUUCUCCUAAAGAGGCUUUGUUGCUCCAGAGUCUUGAGGAAGUGGCACUGGGGAUUAGGGCUGAAACAUGGUCUCAUGGACUGGCAGUGUCUUGACUCUGUUUCAGUGUGACAGACAUCGCAAGGUUCUGGUGCCUUGCUCAGUGACAUGUAGAUUCUAAGCUCAGAAACUAAGCCCUGGGAACACUGAGCUCCAGGAGUUGACAGAGCUCCCUGGUGCUACUGAGGUGCAGGUAAGGUUGGAGGUCCCUACUCUACAUGUGAUGCACUGUGACUUUGCUUGUUAGCCACUGAGCUUCCUUCUAAGACUCGAGGAUUUUUUGGGAAAGUUUUCUUUGUCAAAGGUUAGUAAACCACUGCUCGAAGCUAGUCACCAUUUUAUUAUUAAGGAAGACUGAAUUGCGCAGAUGUCCAGAAAGGCAGUGGCGUGUGGUUCCACAUGGUGCUUCAGUCUCGGCUCAUGCUGUGUCAGCUCCAUGGUGGAAGAGCACAGGAGGGCAGAGUGCUGGGUCCUAGCAGUGAGAAAUUUGACUCACAAACUUUCACAAAGUAACUCCAUUUUGUGGGGACCACAGGCUGUUAAGGUAGGAAGCACAGGCAGCUAUGGUACGCAGGGGCCCCUGGAGGGGCAGAGUGUGAGCCAAGUGUGCCAGUGCUAGUUCUGACACCUGCUCUGCCUCCCUCACCUUAGUACUCCCAGAUAUGAAAUGGGAGUGAUGUCCAAGGACCCAUCUAUGAAAACAUUGUAGGAACUGUUAGCUGAGGCGCUUCCAGGGGUCCAGAGGAUGCUACUAGGGACUUGGGGAGCUGCAUGGGGAGAGGACUGGAGAAUGCUAAUGGUGAUGUCCCUUGAUCUUUUUUUUUUAAUUGAUCAGUUUCUGACACAUAUGCAAAUCUUGUACAAAAUAAACACUACUUAAAAUGCA